AUCGAGUUACGAUUCCCAGAUGGGCCGCCAACGUCGCAGACCUCUCUCCCAGGCAGUGUACAUCCUACUCGACCAGGAUCUGCAGGCACCGCUAAUGGUCACUAUUUUAGCGAUCCGGACCCAUUGUUAGAGGAGAUUCUCAACGAGGAUUAUAGUGAAGAAAUGAAGGCAGUCGCAUCAACGAUGACUCCUGUACAGCCAUCUACAAUCGAUAUACUGGUCAGCAGAUGUCUUUGUCGUCCAAAGCCUCAUUUGGAAAGUCAUUCAUUGAAACGGGAACGAAAUCUGCUAGUAGCCUUGAGUACAGUGUCUUACUGUAACGCCUCCACAUCCCAAUGGGCACUACUUCGAUCGUUUUAUUCGUCCAUAGCUGCAAUGGUUCCCGACCAUUCGAUCUCAGUUUCCGAAUGUCCACGGAAAGGGAGUCAUUGGCAAGUCGUGGGAUUUCAAGGUUCCGAUCCAGCUACAGACUUCCGAGGUACAGGAAUUCUCGGUUUAAUACAGUUGUACUGUAUGGCAAAGAAUUUGCCCGAGGGUAAACUUGCCGAAAUCGUUCAUCUGUCACGAAAGGAGCCUCAUGAUUUCCCACUGGCUGUUGUAGGAAUAAAUAUUACAGCGAUACUCAUUACUAAGCUACGGAACGGGGAGUUACUCGAAUCAGCAGUAACCACCGGCGGAUAUCUUAAAGCUAUGAAUAAGCUCUAUCAGUCUUGUAUACUGUUGUUCUGUAAACAAUGGCGAGAAGAAAAUUGUACAGUCAAAGAUUGUCAACAAAUACUGAACCGGCUCGCCUUGUUACUUCGAAAUUCUCAGCAGACAUUGUUGAAUUCGUCAUAA